UAGACGAUGCCCACCGCUCGCCUUCGCACUGCGAUGGAUAGGGUUCUCGACUUACACUCCACCCCCUUCAUAAUAUAAUAAUAGCCUUAGGAUCUGUGCUCGAUCGUAAAUCUCAUCUGCGUGGAGCUCAUCGUCGUCCCUAGAGCCUUGGCAUCGUCUUGUAACCACGUUCACUACACUACACUAAUAGUAAUAAUCCCGCUCCCGAAGGGCGACGACUGAUCGACGCCAUGCGGUUUAACCUUUCUGCGCAGGCCCUCUGCGGCGCCAUCUGCGUGUCGGCCUUGGCCGUCCCCAGCCCCGUCGAGAAGAGGCUACAGCUCAUCGACCUCAAGCAAUUCGGCAGCUUCCCGACCAUCACGCCCGAGCAAGCCCACGCCGAAGCUCAGCCGCUGUCGAUCAUAUUGGGCGACGGGCCCCAAUAUACCGGCAAGAAGGCCACAACGUCAACGACUAACAAGGCCCCGGCCACCGCCCAGGAGUUCACCACCGAGGACGCCGCCGCCGCGGCGGACGGCACCUGUGACCGUAACAACCCAGCAGUCCGCUUCGAAUGGAGGAAUUACUCAGCUGACGACCGGAAGGCCUUCGUCAACGCCAUUAAGUGCCUGAUGGGCAAGCCGUCGUCGGGCAACUUCCAGGGCGCGCAGAACCGGUACGAGGACAUCGUGUCGGUGCACCAGCAGCUCACGCCGCUCAUCCACCAGCGCGCCGUCUUCCUCGUCUGGCACCGGUACUACGUGUCGGUGUUCGAGUCCAUCAUGCGCGAGGAGUGCGCCUUCGACCGCGCCUUCCCGUGGUGGGACGAGACCCUCGACGCCGGCAAGUUCGCCCAGUCCGACAUCUUCACCGACCCGUACUUCGGCCCCCUGCCCGCCAAGACGUCCGACGGCCAGGGCACCUGCAUCCAGUCCGGCACCUUCGGCGGCACGACGCUGCACAUCGGGCCCGGCAGCGCGUUCACGGCGCACUGCCUCGCGCGCGCCGUCGACGAGAGCCUGACGGGCACGGUCACCGCGUCCUUCGUCUCGGACUGCAACUCGCGCACCUCGUACGACGACAUGCGCGGGUGCCAGGAGCUGGGCCCGCACGCGUACGGGCACAACGGCGUCGGCGCCGUCAUGGCCGAGGUCCAGGCCUCGCCCGGCGACCCCAUCUUCUUCAUGCACCACCUGUUCGUCGACCACUCGUUCCGCAUCUGGCAGAACGGCGACGCCUCGCGCACCCAGAGCAUUAAUGGUUGUGCCGACGCGAAUAACCCGUGCACCCCGAUCACGAUGGACUACGUCCUCACCUCCAACGGGCUGCGGCCCAACACCACCGUCAGCCAGGUCAUGGACACGCUCGGCGGCUACCUGUGCUACCGGUACGACUACUAGUUUUUCGCUCGCCCAAUAGAACUUAGAACGUUCCUUAUUAUUUACGAUUGGUCAUCUCGGAGAUUCUAUCAAUAAACGAUGACACCAAAUUCUUUUCGUCGUACUUAUUUACCCUCUUAUUGGAUAAAAGGCG